UUGGGGUGGAGUAUCCCUUUAACAGACAUCUUGCAGACAUAGGCUACAUGUAGCCUAUGAGCUAAUUUUAUGAUGUUUUUGUUCUGUUUUAGUUACUUGAGUAAUUAAAUAGAAAAGAGCUGCGUGAAGAUCCUUGAAAAUGAUCCUUUUGUAUUCCACAUUCAAAUAAGCGCUUUGUAACGUAACGACACGAGUCGAGUAUAUAAUAAACACAGUCACUACCGUGGCGCCAUCUUGUGGAUAGUACAGCGUACUGCGUUCAAGACAUUAGUUCAGUAAUGCAAAUAUAAAAGGGAGAGGAAAAACACCGCAUGACUUUGCAGCACCAAGUGCCACAACACAAGGAUCAAGAAUCUAAUCGAUAUCAGAUGCAGCCCUGCCGCAUUCAUGCAAAGCUCAUCUCGGGAUGCAUACUUGAGCUUUUAAAAGCCCGUGCAUCCUCGCGACCUCCUCUCUAAUGUCUUUACGUCACAUGGCAGAUUCUCAGCAAUCUGUGCGUCCGAGAUGCAUCUACGUCAUCCGCUGUGUUUCCCCAGCUGCAUCAGUUUUCCAUCUCAUCUCUGGGAAGCGCCGCCUCUCCUCGCAGUGACCGCAAAUUUGACUUCUCGCUCAUGCCCUCAACGCGUUGCAUGCAUGCGGCGGGACGCGCGUGGUGAGGCAGGUGUCUGACGCGUGAUCCGCAGCGGUGAGGCAGACAGCAGCACUCAACAUGACCGAGCUGGUGGUGCGGACCCUUCCGUCUCCUUCAGGUGUGCAGGGUCCCGGCCCGGACGCGUAUAAAGGAUGGCUCUUUAAAUGGACCAACUACCUGAAGGGUUACCAGCGCCGGUGGUUUGUCCUGAGCAACGGCCUCCUGUCGUACUACAGGACUCAAGCAGAAAUGGCACACACCUGCCGAGGCACGAUUACCUUGGCGACGGUGCACAUAGAGGUGGGUGACACCUGUCACUUUGUGCUGACGAGUGGAGGGCGGAGCUACCACCUGAAGGCGUAUUCAGAGGGCGAGUGUCAGCGCUGGGUUUCUGCUCUGCAGCAGGCCAAAGCUAACGCCACUCAAAUGAUGCCACAUUCAGAUGACUCCGGAGACGAGGGUCCACUAGCUCAGCCGGAUCGAGCUCUGAUCCAGGGGGCGCUCAAGACUCUGGCCAGCAAGCUUGAAGACCUCAGCACCUGCAACGAGCUCAUAGGGAAACACGGCGCCGCCCUCCAGCGCUCCCUCAGUGAACUGGAGGACCUGCGCGCCCCCAGCGACGGCGUCGAUAAACUGAAGACCGUCAACGAGCGAGCCACUCUCUUCCGCAUCACUUCCAAUGCUAUGAUCAAUGCCUGCCAGGACUUUGUGGAUCUAGCGGAGGCACACAGCCGGCGGUGGCAGCGCGCACUGCAGUAUGAGCGAGAACAGCGCCACCACCUGGAGGAGACUAUCGAGCAGCUAGCCAAACAACACAACAGUCUGGAGAGAGCCUGGAGAGAAUCUCCAAGCACACACAAUAAAGGGGCAGAGGGAACACCAGAGGGAGAAUCCAGUGAAGAGAAUGAAGACAUAGAGUUCUUUGAUGCCAUGGAAGAUUCUCCCGCCUUCAUCACAGUGCCUGCAGACGAUCACUCACAACACAGACACUUGAGCAGUAAUCAGAGCGUAACCAGUGGAAGUUUAUCCAGUAAUUGGAGCCAGGAUGACAAUGAUGGUUCUGGUAGCUACUUGCGCAGGGGCAGACGCUGUCGUAUCCCAGAUAAGCCCAACUACUCCCUGAACCUGUGGAGCAUCAUGAAGAAUUGCAUUGGAAAGGAGCUCUCGAAGAUCCCCAUGCCUGUGAACUUCAACGAGCCACUAUCGAUGCUGCAGCGUUUGACAGAGGAUCUUGAAUAUAGUGAGCUCCUGGACCGGGCGGCACGCUGUGACUCCUCUCUGGAACAGAUGUGUCUGGUGGCUGCCUUCUCCGUCUCGUCCUAUUCAACCACCGUCCACCGCACAGGGAAACCCUUCAACCCCCUGCUGGGAGAGACCUAUGAGCUGGACCGUGUGGAGGAGUACGGAUACCGCUCUAUCUGUGAACAGAUAAGUCAUCACCCUCCAGCAGCUGCCCACCAUGUGAUUUCACAGCGAGGCUGGACCCUGUGGCAGGAGAUCACCAUCGACAGCAAAUUUCGUGGCAAAUACAUCUCUAUCAUGCCACUAGGCAACAUUCACCUGAAGUUCCACACCACUGGGAAUCAUUAUGUGUGGAGUAAGGUGACCUCCACUGUGCACAAUAUAAUCGUGGGCAAACUAUGGAUAGAUCAAUCUGGGGACAUUAUAAUUAUGAACCACAGGAACAAGGACAAAUGCCACCUCAAAUUCUCCCCGUACAGCUAUUUUUCCAGGGAUGUUCCCCGCAAGGUAACAGGUGUUGUGAUGGACGGCGAAGGCUGUGCCCACAACAUUCUCUCUGGAACGUGGGAUGAAAAAAUGGAAAGUGCAAAGAUCAUAGAGAGUAGCCACGGCUGUGGAGGAUCUGAGGGCAAACAUAAAACUGUCUAUCAGACUCUACCACCAAAACUACUGUGGAAGAAAUACCCUCUACCUGAGAAUGCAGAGAACAUGCAUUACUUCUCUUCUUUGGCUUUGACUCUGAAUGAGCCGGAGGAUGGCGUGGCCCCUACUGACAGCCGCCUACGGCCUGACCAACAGCUGAUGGAGGCGGGCUUGUGGGAUGAAGCUAACACUGAGAAACAGCGUCUGGAGGAGCGUCAGAGACUGGAGAGGAGGAAGAGAGAGGCGCAAGCCAACCUCGCCUUAGAAGAGGGUAAGGAGGCUGAAAGCCACCAGCCCUUGUGGUUUGAGAAAAGGACUGAUACAGAGACAGGUGAGAGCAGCUACAUGUAUAAAGGAGGCUACUGGGAAGCCAAAGACAGACAGGACUGGAGUCAGUGCCCUGCCAUCUUUUGAAGCCUCUCUUCCAUACCAGGACCAGCUUGCCCUUCCAAGUCAUCCUGUAUUAGGAAAGCUGCUUACCACUGUUUCCCAGAUGUGGAAUAUGCAGAUUCCAAGGCACCCAUAUGUGUAUAUAUAUAUAUAUAUAUAUGUAUCUUAAUUUGAUGUGCAUUCAUGGGGGCAUUGAGACACCUGUAUUGUAGCAGGGAAAAUUCACAUUGCAUGGAAAACCGUUCUAAGCACAAUUGAUGGAGGUACUUUGUAAAUGUGACAGAGACAGACGAUGAUCUGGGGAAUGUAACACUUCACCAGGGAAAAGAUUCUUCCUCAAUCUGAUUUAUGCCCUGGUUUUUAACUGUUUCAGGUAAACUGUAUGAUAUCCAUGAAUUAUCUACCAUUGUGUGAUCCAGAGCACAUGCUGCUCUUUAAGAAUGGAGACCGAAUGCCCUCAAGACUGUGUUCCUCCAUUGAGCUGUAGUGUAGAUGAGGUGUUGUGUAGUUUCAAUAGUGCACACAUCUAACAACCUAGAUAGAAUCCAGAUCAGUGAAUUGAUGUUGCUUCUACAAAAUAACAAUUAUUAAGGCUUAGAUAUUUAAUGCGAGAAUUUGUUUUUAGCUGCCCGUUUAGUUAUUUAGCACAAGCGUAAUGUAAAUGUCAUUGUGUAGGUGAUGAAUUACAGCUUAAUGGAAAGUCUCUAUAUAGAGUCAUGGCUAAAUGUUUGCAAUCAUGCUAAAAAAAAAUCAAGCUAUCGAGCAUUUAUUUAUUUAAAUGGAUGAAUUAAUAAUACUUGCACAUCGUUCCAUUAUGUGACUCAUCUGCAUGCAGUGCAGAUUUUUAAAAACAAUUAUGCAAAUUAAGCAUGCACUUUAACAGAAAUGCUCAUAUAUUUGUUUAACACUCACAGGAGGGUACAGUAUCACAUUUUAGGGUGUUUUGCAAACCUUUGGCCUUGACUAUAUUGUUAACAAUUAGCAUUUUGUGGUGGCAAUAAUUUCUAGUUUCCAGUAUUAGCUGCUAAAGCAUAUUUACACUACAUACUUCAUUCAUGCUGCAAGGAACAGUGGUCUGGAAUGCUGACCGUAAACUGUAACCAUAAUAAUGAGGAUGAAGGCAAACUCAUAUUUGGGCAUUAAAACAUUCAGAAUAUUAGCAGACCACUGUUAUGAGAGUAUACCAUGUCAGAACUAAAUACAUUGUGGACAGUGAAGAGGACUGACUGAUAUUUACCAUGUGUGUGUUUUUCAACCAAAUGCAAGUUGAUUUCAGAAAUCUUGAGAUCAGAGCCACAAAAAUUACUCUUCCAAUGUACACAGUGUUAACCAGACAUAUUGAUAACCUUAAAAAGCUGAUUAUUAUAACUAGAUAAAUUGUAUAAUUAUGAUGCCGAUAUGGCAACACUGAACGUUUCAGUGUUUCAAUAAGUUGCUUUCCAGGGACUCUUGUUGAGGUUCAUCUCUCUAAAUUUUUCACAAGAUAAUGAUGUGAAUUUGCAGUCUUAGGUUGUUAAAAUAAUGUAUCACAUAUAAAAGAAGGAUAUUAACAAUAUUUAUAUGUGCAAUAUUUCAACGGAUAUCAAUGGUUGCUUGAGGUCUGUUGGUUUGUUUUGUAGCAUUUCAGUUCUUAUCAUGGCCAGAAGUUGGCGCCAACGUACUAGUCUUGGAAUAACUGGAUCAUAAUUUCUCACUUAAAGCAACUCUAUGCAGUUUUUUACCUUGAAAUAUCAGUUUCAAAAUAAUUCUGAGUCAACAUUCACUAAGUCCUAAUAAGGCAAAUGGCUUAUGUUUCUUUCCCUUGAGUAUGUAAUUUUAGUGCGAAAAUUCGGCAAAAAGCUUUACGGCACCAACAAAUGUGUGUGUACAGCUAUACGCUGUAAUUAGGACUGGUAUAUUUACAACAUUGAAUUCCACUCACUUGACUGUAGAGGGCGCCAACGUUGCAAAAAUACACAAAACAUUUUGUUUUGUGCCUUUAUUAUGAUGAGAAAGUUCCUCGAGCCAGGAUUCGAACUCGAGACACGACUCGCACUUGCCCACUAGGCUAUCAGCACCGACAGAUACACAAAACGACAUAGAGUUGCUUUGAGCUACAUGGUAAAAUACAACACAGUAUUGUUUUAAUCUUCUAGGAGCAAUGUAGUCUCCUGACAACAAAAAUAUGCUGAAAUCUACAGGGUGAAUAUGAAAGUGAAUUAUUUAUUUAUUUAUUUGAUUUUUUUUUUUUUUUUAUUAUCUCAGUGUUUUGCAUUUGCAUUUUGAACCAGACAAUUUCAGCUGUAGUUGCACUCAAAGAAUUUUUAAUUUAACAUUGAUAAAAUGUCUGGAUGUUUUGUUCCACAUCAAUACUAUAAAAUAAAUGUGUGACAAUAUUCUCAGUUAAUUCUCUUUAUAGUCACAGUACUGUUGCACAGUGAACACUCCCACUAAUGGAAAAUCCUUAUCCACUGGUUCAGAAGUUCAGACUUUAUCCCACACAUUUAAAUGAAUAGUUCAAUAAAUUAUUCACUCUCAGUCCGUUCAAGAUGAAUGGGUGCCAUCAGAAUGAGAUUCCAAAUAGCUGAUGAAAACAUCACAGUAAUCCACGUCUCCAUUCCUUUAGUUAACAUCUUGUGAAGUGAAAAGCUGUUUGUUUGUAAGAAACAAAUGAACAAUUCAAAGAAACAAUCAAAAUAUGAAUCCAUAACUCGCUUUCUCCAGUAAAAUUUUUGUUCAGAUCUGUUUUUGACUCUUUGAUCUUUGCAUAUUACUCUCCUGAUUCAGAUAAGUCUUUUUCACUUGAAAAGGCAAUAUUAUGGAUUGUAGACUCUGGACUGGAGUCGUGUGGAUUACUUGUGGAUUAUUGUGAUGUGUUUAUCAGCUGUUUGGACUCUCAUUCUGACGGCACCCAUUCACUGCAGAGGAUCCAUUGGGGAGCAAGUGACGUAAG